CGGUUCAACGUUCUCUCUCCUUGGACACCGGUCCUGUAGGGUCCUGUACCUAACGUGUCUAAUGUAUCUAUUCCCGUUAUUGACCCAAUUCCUCGUACACAGAACAGGUAUUCUUACAUACAGACCGGGUCCCAACAAAAUUUUCAUCAGUCAUCCACGGGGAAGGGCGAAAAAUCGGAAAUUUGGCGAGUCUAAAUUCGAAAUGUAAAUCGUGAAUCCUUCAUCCAUCGUGUUUCUCAACCUUUGUCGCCAUUGAUAGUGUCUUUCCCAUUUCCCCAUAUUGAGAGGUCCAAUGUCCAUUACUAGUUUUGGAUGAUACCUUGAUACUUUUUUCUAAAUGUUCAUGUCUAUGCUGAUCUAGACACGCUUGGAUUGGACGACGGAAUACUUGCAAAUCUUGGUUAGAAGACCGUGCCCUUUUUGGUACAUCUUGUACAUUUUCGGUACCCUUUUACCUUUCGUCUUCCUGUUAUUCGUUCCGUAACUUGCCGAUCAGCCAUCCCCCCCUUUAAUAACCCCCCCUUGGGUUAUUAGCAAAAUACUACAGCGAUCUGGACCAGCUGGAUCUAGUGUUUGAUACCUAUGAAACCCCAACGAAACCAGGGCUCGCGCUUGUCACAGCUUGCACGUCUCCGUGUUAAUAGCCCAAUGAAAAGCGAUGGAAGUCUGAGUACGAGGAUAUUGAGGAUAUCAAGGAUAUCAGGAAUAUCAGGAAUAUCUCGAACAAGGGUCCGCGGUCCGCCUCACAUUAGUGCUGGGCUGCCAGUAUUAAGAAGCCCGUCUGCGCCCGCGCAUGUCAUCAUCGACGAGCUUGACCUUGUUGUAGCCGGACGACGGACUUUGAUUAAACACAACGGCAAUAAUACCAAAGAUUACACGAGUACUCUUCGGGACAGUAAUCAGCAGACACACCACCACGAUCACCCACAUCAUCCACCCGAACCUAGUUCCUUGCAUUCCGGACUUUUCUCUUGCAGCACUACUGGUAGUGGUAUCCGAAAGAGGGAACCAUCUUCUACGCCUCUUCCUCCGUACACGUUACCCUUCACGUUACUUGCACCUGGUUCAUCUGCUUCUCAUAGCGUUAGCUCUAUCGGACAGUCCCUCAUUCGUCCACCUACCCCGUCUUACCCCAUCAACUCAACAUCCAACCGUUGCUUUUUAAUACUUCCGCACCGCCCAUCAGCGAGACGUCCAAUGGCGUUCAGCACUUACAGCACCGCUAGCUCAGAUAUAUCAACGCCUCGCUCUGCUUCUCCUCCCUCUUCCGUUAUAUCUGCGCGUUCUUCCCAAUCUUCCGUCUCUAGCAAACGCCUUUCAUUAUCCUUGCAACGGAGACAAUCUGCGCUGAACCCAAUGUCCACUGUCGACAUCUCCGCAAUUGAAGAGCAAAUGAAGAUGGCUGCCCUAGACGGCCUACGAGGCUACGCACAGAACCACUAUGGCGAGGUUCAGCAGUACAGGUCUACGGAUUACGUUCCGCAAUCUUCCGCUGGCGGCUACCAAGUGCUGCGAGAACCUCUGUGGAACAAAGGUCUCUCCUUCUCCCCGGAUGAACGCGUCUCUAAGAACCUGACGGGCUUAAUACCCCACGCCAUGGAGAGCGCGGAAACCCAGGUCGCGAGAUGCAUGAAGGUGAUCAACUCUAGACAGACCAACAUCGACAAGUACAUGUACCUGUCGUCGCUCAAGGACCAGAACGUAGAUCUGUUCUACCGGGUGCUCAUCGACAAUGUCCGUGAUCUGAUGCCGUUGGUGUACACUCCCACCAUUGGCGACGUUUGCUUGCAGUACUCGACUCUCUACACCCGUCCGGAGGCGCUGUACAUUUCCAUCAAGCAGCGCCGGUCGAUUAGGACGAUCCUGCGUAACUGGCCUUACCCGGAUCCCGAAAUCUGCGUCGUCACGGACGGAUCCCGCAUUUUGGGGUUGGGCGAUCUCGGCGUGAAUGGUGUGGGGAUUUCCAUUGGCAAGUUGGCUCUCUACACUGGCGCUGCUGGUAUCCACCCCAGCAAGACCCUCCCCAUCGUCUUGGACGCCGGUACCAACAAUGAGGCCAACCUCAAGGACCCUCUGUACCUGGGUCUCCGAGCCAGGCGUCCUUCUCCGGCUGUCGCCCAGGAGUUCAUGGAUGAGUUCAUGGAGGCCGUUGCUGAGGUUUACCCUAACAUGGUCGUCCAAUUCGAAGACUUCGAGACCGAGAAGGCGUUUAACUACCUGACCCGUUACCGAAACAAGUACAGGUGCUUCAACGACGACAUCCAGGGAACUGGUGCCGUCGUCUUGGCAGGUUACAUCGGUGCCGUGAACUUGUCCGGUGUUCCUCUUGAAGAGCAGCGUCUGGUCUUUAUGGGUGCUGGCUCGGCUGGUGUCGGUGUCGCAAAGCAGAUGGUUGAGUACUACACUCGUCGCGGUCUCUCGGAACAGGCUGCCAAGGAGAAGUUCUGGCUUGUCGACACCAAGGGUCUUGUCACCACUGACCGAGGCGACAAGUUGGCGGACCACAAGAAGUACUUCGCCCGCAACGACAACGCCGGCCACCAAUUCCGCACCCUUGAGGAGGUCAUCGAAUACGUCAGGCCGUCCGCUCUCGUCGGUCUAACCGCGACUUUUGGCGUCUUCACCGAGUCCGUUGUUCGUGCCCUCAAGGCUUCGGUCGACUCUGGCGGGUCUGGACGACGACCUAUCCUAUUCCCUCUCAGCAACCCUCUCACCAAGGCCGAAUGCACUUUCGAGCAGGCUGUCCAGUGGACGGACGGCACUGUCAUCUUCGCAUCCGGCUCUCCUUUCUCGCCGUUCGCCGUUAAGGCCGGUGACCAUGCCGUGACCUACUGGCCCAACCAAGGUAACAACGUUUACGUGUUCCCUGGUCUCGGCCUCGGCGCUAUCCUCUGCAAAGCAUCCAGGAUCACCGAUGAAAUGGUGUACAUUGCGGCUUCCUCGCUAGCUGAGUCCUUGAAUGCCGAAGAGAUCCACAAGGGUUUGAUCUACCCCCGCAUCGAGCGCGUCAGAGACGCCAGCGUCGUUGUCGCCAGGGAAGUGAUGAAGGCUGCCCGUCGGGAAGGCGUAACCACCCUACCGGAAGAGCAAUGGGUUGAAUGGGAAGAAUGGGGCGACGUUGCCCUAACCAAAUACAUCAAGGGGAAGAUCUACGAUCCUCUCAAGUAACGUGUUCAACGAUAAAAGAGGAUAAUGCAUCAAGAUCAUGGUCGGCGUUACCGGGUGGUUGGCUUCUUUUUCUAAUUCAAUAAACGCAAGGUUGGCAUAGUGGUCAACACUCACUUCAUUUCGAAGGAAAUAUUUUAAAAGAUAUCCCCUGGGUUUUAUUUACAGGCAUCAACACUAACUAGAAGGUCGUCGAUGGAACGUGGUCUUGAAGGCUAGAAAGUGCGAGGAAUAGAUUGGCACUUACGCUGGCAUAGGGGUCUAUAGAUGGUUAAUAGACUAAAAAGACACUUUCAUUCUGAUUACA